AUGCGGAUCUCAAUACGGGAGCAGCUCGGACUGCUCGUCCUCUUUUGCUCACUUAUGUCUCUCAUGGUGCUUGCACUUGCAGUGUGGUUCCAAAAUUACAAUUUCAUCACGGGUAUCAGGUUAUCUGGCCUGUCCUUGACAGCAUCGCUCAAAGCAGCACAGUUCACAAGUGCGCUGCUGUUGUAUGAUUCACAGGCCAGGUUGAUCAGCACGCGGCUGCUAAUUCAGAGUGCCCUGGGUAGAUAUAAUUCGGAAGGGAACACAUCAAACGAGAAUUGGCAGCGAUCUGCCAGUGACUUACAAGGCGCUCUCGCCAAUGGCAGCGUUCUUGUUCAGGCAAUAUUAUAUCCCAAUGCAUUCAAUGGCAAUGAGACUGCUGUCAAUGGGUUACUCAAUGUCACUGCGCUUGGAUUGACCGGCUCUGUCAAACUGCCAUACAAUUACCCCAAUGGCUCAGCGGUUUACUUGGGAGACCCCGGCUUGGGCUAUCCGCCCUCAAUGUAUCCGAAUUUGACUUAUGGCCCUCCGCAACCAGGAACCAAUUUUUCAACGAUAUACUACCAAGGUAAUAUCAUUCAACCCAACGACACGCUUUUCUUAGGACCGUUGGUUGUGAACGAGACUUAUUCACUUCUAUCGCUCACGGUUCCGCUGAUCAAUAACACUUCUGCGUCCGAUGUCCUUGGCUGGAUGACCGUUCUGGUCAAUACUGAUCUGAUCUACGAAAUCCAGCAAUCUCCCGAAGGGCUGGAUAAAACGGGGGAGACUCUUCUCAUUGGUCCAGCGACGUCGAAUAACCAUUUUGAGCAAGAAAUCCGGGGAUCUAAUAAGUCCUACGCGGGAUCUCAACUCGUCCGGUUUGUGCUGCCGCCCGAAAGCAACGCUACGCUGGGAUAUCGACACCAGGCCCGGAGCGGCGUCAACAAUGCCACCAAGCCCUUCCUUGCCUCAGAUUAUCCGGCAGUCGUUUCGGCAUGGACAAAGGACAAUAAGGCCAUCAAUAAUGCUGGUGCCUAUAUCUCGACCCGCAAUGAAGACGGAACAAGAGUCUCCGUCGGUUAUGCCACGCUGUCUACGAAGUAUGUCGAUUGGGUGGUGGUCGUGGAACAGUCGCACCAUGAGGUGGUUGCACCCAUCGAUCAUCUGCGCGACGUUGUUCUUAUCUGUGUCUUCUCUGUAACUGGCUUGCUCCUAGCCGUCAUGUUUCCUAUGGCACAUUACUCAAUCACUCCAAUCCGACAUCUCGCAGCCGCAACUGCUAGAACCGUGGAGCCUUAUCAACCUGACGAUAACAGCGAGUAUUCAAGCACCCUGGGCCAGCAAGGAGCAGAAGUGGAGGAAAUAUUAGAUGCUGACGAACGUGAUGUGGCUAGAAAGGAGGGCUUUUUGGGUGUUCUGACUAGAAUCACCAAGCCGAAACAACCAGAACGAUCGACGACGCCUCGUCACCUGCGGCGUAGAACAUUCAGAAUACCUCGGAAAGUGCCAGAGCGAAAACACCUCAUUACUGAUGAGCUUACUGAGCUCACACGUACAUUUAACGAGAUGUCCGACGAACUCACAAUGCAGUACGAGCGCCUUGAGGAAAGGGUAAAAGAGCGCACAGCGGAACUGGAGAAGAGCAAGAAGGCCGCAGAAGCGGCGAACCAGAGCAAGACGCUCUUCAUCGCCAACAUUUCCCAUGAAUUAAAAACGCCUCUUAAUGGUAUUCUCGGCCUUACCACUGUGUGCAUGAACGAGGAUGAUAUAGGUCGGAUCCGAUCAACCCUCAAUACCAUUUACAAAUCUGGAGACUUGCUGCUCCACCUGUUGACUGAUCUCCUCACUUUCAGCAAGAAUGAGGUCGGACAGCAGCUGUCGAUAGACGAAGCGGAAUUUAGACUCAACGAUCUGAGCACCCAACUGAUGCCCACCUUUGAAAAACAGGCUCGGGAGGCGCAAGUGGAUCUCAAAGUACUUUUUCUUGGGACGAACGACGCUUUUGGUGACGCUUCUGAGUUAUCUGGCGACAAACUGUACGGCCCUGUCGGCACAGGUCGUGUAAGGGAUAUGUGCCUAUGGGGCGACAAGAACAGAAUUUUGCAGGUUCUGAUGAACUUCGUCAGCAACAGUCUCAAAUUUACUCCUGCUCACGGCUCUGUCACAGUUCGUGUUCGAUGCACAGGUCUCGUUGAGAAUUUUCCCAGUCGAGCAGGAAGCGCGCGGAAAUCGUCCCUGAACUCGAGAAAAUCCAAGUCGUCAAGUAACAAGCGAGUACGGAUGUCAGAUGGCUCGCUGGUUUUACCAGAUGGCACAGAUCAUGACAAGAAUCAUUCGAAUUCCGGUGGAACCGAAGAUUCAAAACUCAGCAUUAAUGUGGCUGGGGGCACGACGCACAUAUCAAAAAUCGCAGAAAGACAGCGGUCCAUGUCUCCUCCACCAGUGAACACGAAAGAUUUGAGUUUUGAAUUCGAGGUUGAGGAUACAGGCCCUGGAAUACCACCUGAACAGCAGAAGAUGAUUUUUGAACCCUUUGUGCAGGGUGACCUCGGCUUGAGCAAGAAAUAUGGAGGUACUGGACUUGGUCUAAGCAUAUGCGCUCAAUUGGCGGCCCUAAUGGGCGGCGACAUAUCUCUCGACAGCAAAGUGGGGGUUGGCAGCAAGUUUACUAUGCGCAUUCCGCUUCGUUAUGUAUCGGAGCGCUCUCCUUCAAUGGCGUCCUCGACCCACAGGACAGCCUCCAAAGCCAGCAGUCUUGUUGGGCAAACAUUGCAUGAUCAGCCCGACGCAAUGCCGCACAACCAUAGUGGCUCCACGACGUCCUUGACCUCGGCGCGGGAUGACCAACUGAAACUGGCUGACGUCCCAAGGAUAGUUGGUUUUACUCAACCCUAUGUGGCCAAAGAGACGAAAAGUAGCGACUCAUCCCAGGCAAAACUCAAUGAGAUAAAGAAAGUGGAAAAUGAAGCUGCGCAAAAGGGUCGGAAAGUUCGCGUGCUGGUGGCAGAAGACAACCAGGUGAACCAAGAAGUGGUACUUCGCAUGUUGAGGCUGGAAGAUGUCUAUGAUGUCACUAUUGCGAAGGACGGACAAGAAGCCUUUGAAAAGGUUCGAGAAUCCAUGGUGAGUGGGCAACGGUUCGAUUUGGUCUUUAUGGACGUUCAGAUGCCCAAUCUCGACGGGAUCCAGUCGACGAAACUCAUUCGGGAAAUGGGAUUCAAAUCACCUAUCGUCGCCCUCACUGCGUUCGCUGAGAAAUCCAAUGAAGACGAAUGUAUGGCAUCUGGGAUGGACUACUUUUUGGCCAAGCCGAUUCGAAGGCCUGCCCUCAAGCAGGUCUUGAAGAAAUAUUGUGCAACAAUACCAGAGGAAGAAAACGAAGGAAGUUCAACUGCCGUGCCGAAGGUCGGUGAGAAUGCAGCGUCACAAUCAAAAAGCGGCCAGGCGACAUCUAAAGAGCUCAAUAUUGACAUGCUGGACUCAACCGACGUUUCACCUCUGUCAUAA